GGGUCUCGCUGCACCAGGAGGGAGUUUGGAUGUUGUCCAGGUACAUUGACAAGGAGCAGGACAUGGCAGAGUUCUCCUUCCCUAGCAUAAUGAGGAAACACGCAGGUACAUAUUGGUGCCAGUACGAGGUGUCUGGUUAUGAGGACAUAUCAGCGAGGAGUGACCCCGUGGAGCUGGUGCUGACAGAUCACAGCUUUCCCCCACCCAGCAUCUCCCUUCACCCCGAGGAACGUGUGGGGACAGGGACCAAUGUCACCAUCCGCUGCUGGAACAAGGACUAUGGGGCCACCUUCCUCCUGCACAAGGAUGGGUGCUCAGCCCCGGUGCAACGUCAGGACUCUGAUGAUGUUGGCAUGGCCUCCUUCACCUUCUUUGGGGUGGCCCUGGCAGACUCCGGCACCUACAGGUGCUCCUUCCACCCCUGGCAUUCCCCCUUUCUGUCCUCACCCCUUGGGGACAGUGAGACAUUGGAGGUGACACCCACACCUGCACCCCCAGGUAGGUACCAGCUCCCAUUUGGGUGCCUCCAGUGUCACCCAUGGGUGGCAAUGUCAUCACAUCCCUUCCCCAUGGCGGUGAUG